AUGUCAUAAAAAUAGUGUUCACAUAAAUCAAUUCAUUGUUACAAUUGUGUGCAAGACUCUUUAUAUUGUGCAUUAUUUUUGCCUUAUUUCCUUUUCUGUGAAUUGGAUUAUGAUGUUUCAACAAUAAUCAAUUUAUAUAUAUUAAAAAUAGAUGAUAAUCAUUUAUAUAUUGAAAUAAAUGACCAUGACAAAUUGAUAUCCAUUUUUUUUUGUGCAACUUUUGUAAUGGUCUCCCUGCAUGUUUAGCCAGUAGCAAAGUAGCAACAAACAACCACUACUUUUUUUUGACUAAAACCAACAACCACUUCUUAUUCAAAUAAAAAUGAAGAACUUUAUGGUAAUAAAGUUGAAAAAACUCAUAUUUAUCAAGGAACCUUUACUAAAAUAAAAUAACAAAUCAUGAGUCAAAAUCACACGCUUGACUAGUUUAUAAAUUUGAAGCAUCAUAUGCAAAAAAUCACGAAUAAAAAAUGAUGCCUCUAAGUUCAUAUUUGAGUAUUGCAAUAAUAGCAAUUUUAUUUUCAUUUACAUCUUCAGCAAUUGAUACUAGUACUCAUGAAGAUAAUUUCCUUCACUGUCUCUAUAGUUAUUCACAUAACUCCACUUCAAUCUCUAAAUUUGUGUACACCAAAAACUAUUCAUCUUACUCGUCAAUACUCCAAUUUUCAAUUCAAAAUCUGAGGUUUGCAACCAACACAAUACCAAAACCCCUUGUAAUCAUCACACCUAAAGAAAUUUCCCAUAUUCAAAAAGCCAUAAUUUGUUCCCAAAACCAUGGCUUACAGAUUCAAAUCCGAAGCGGCGGACAUGACUUUGAGGGUCUGUCCUAUGUUUCUGAGGUUCCAUUUGUUGUCAUUGAUCUCAUACACUUUAGAGGAAUUGAAAUAAAUGUAGAAAACAGAACAGCUUGGGUUCAAUCUGGUGCAACAGCUGGUGAACUAUACUAUGCAAUUAGCCAAAAAAGCCGAAAUCUCGCUUUCCCUGCCAGUGUUUGUCCUACAGUAGGUGUUGGUGGACUCUUCAGUGGUGGUGGACAUGGAUUCUUGGUACGUAAAUAUGGUCUUUCAGCCGAUAACAUCAUUGAUGCUCACAUAAUUGAUGUGAAGGGUAGGUUUCUUGACAGACAAGCAAUGGGUGAGGAUCUGUUUUGGGCUAUUAGAGGUGGUGGAGGAGCAAGUUUUGGAGUCAUAGUUUCAUGGAAGAUAAAACUUGUUCAUGUUCCAUCAAUUGUGACAGUGUUUAAUGUUCCAAGAACAUUGGAACAAAAUGCAUCAAAGCUUGUUCACAAGUGGCAAUAUGUGGCAAGUAAACUUGAUGAAAACAUAAUCCUUGGUAUCGUCAUAAAAUCGACAAAUUCAACUUCAAGUAAACAAGGAGAGUCAAAUUCAACAAUAGUAGCUUUAUUUCAAUCCUUAUUUUUUGGAGGUGUAGAUAAACUCAUACCCUUGGUGCAAGAGAAGUUGCCUGAGCUUGGUUUGGUUAGAGAAGAUUGUGCCGAGAUGAGUUGGAUUGAAUCGGUUCUUUUCCUCUUCGGAUUUCCGAAUGGUGGAAAACAUGAAGUGUUGUUGAAUAGAAUUAUAGGUGAGAAGGAUAUUUUCAAAGCAAAAUCAGAUUUUGUGAAAAUUCCCAUUCCUGAAUUUGGUUUAGAAGGAAUAUGGCCUAUGUUUGGUGAAGAUGGUGCCAAAGAUUCAAUGAUGGUAAUGGUACCUUAUGGUGGCAUAAUGGAUAAUAUUUCAGAAUCUGAGACUCCAUUUCCACAUAGAUAUGGAAACUUAUAUGUAAUUCAAUAUGCAGUGCAUUGGCAUCAAGAAGGUCAUGAGGUUGAGAAAUUGCACAUCAAUUGGAUAAGAAAACUUUAUAGUUAUAUGGAACCUUUUGUUUCAAAGUCUCCAAGAAGUGCAUAUUUGAAUUAUAGAGAUCUUGAUAUUGGAGUGAAUAAUAAGAUUGACUACACAAGCUAUAAGCAAGCUAAUAUUUGGGGUGUUAAGUAUUUCAAGAAUAACUUCAAAAGAUUGGCAAAAGUGAAGACUAAAGUUGAUCCUCAAAACUUCUUCAGAAAUGAACAGAGUAUACCUUCACUUGUGUCCAAGAAACACAGAUAGAAUUCUUUAGAACAACAUAGGUCAUAGUAAUAACAAAAUAUAAGCUGCUUUGUUAUUUCCAUUUUAUAUGUAUGCUUUUUUUAAUUAAUAAAAGUUUAGGAGAGUUUGGUGUGGGAGCUCACUAGGAAAAGCUCCAAGAUUUUAAAUAGUGUUUUUUUGGGUGAUACUUACAUAUUAUACACAAGAAAUGUUUUAGAGAUAUUUUUAGGCUUCUUGGGUUGAGUUUAAUCCUUAUAAACUAGACCAAGUUAGUUGAUAUUAUAAAUGUACUGAUGCAACAUUCAUCAAUCCAAUAUUAUAUGUGUGGAUUUUGUUCAAGUGACUUGUGUUUGUUUUCAAACUUUUUUCCAUCUAUAAGUUUACUGAGUUUGUUAAUUACAUCAUUGAUGGUUAAAUAUGUGUUUAUUGGGCCCAACUCAACCCUACAAAACCGGCUUGUAUGAUGAGGUUUGCUUCUACUUUAGAGACACAUAUUCAGGUCAUCUCACAAUCGAUGUGGGACUUCUUAACACACCCUCGCGCCCAGCGUUAUUGGGUUUGGGGCGCAGAUAUAAAUGGUUGGUAGCCCGACGGAUCUUGGAGAGACUCUGAUACCAUAUUAGAAUUGAGAAUUAGUUUUUCCUUAUGUUCCCACAUAAGAAAAGUUUAAUGGCCGUAAACAACAAUGCAACAAAAUCCAAAACACGAAAGAGAAAAAUUGGUGAAAUCAAGAAAGUGAAAAAUCCUAACAAGUCUGACAUGAUGUUUUCAAAACGCAAAAUCGGUCUUUUCAACAAAGUAACAAAGCUCUCUGUUCUGUGCAAAGCAAAAACUGCACUCGUCAUCACAUCACCCAACAAUAAACUCUAUGCAUGUGGCUAUCCUAAUUGUGACGCCGUCAUUCACAAUUUUUGACUGGAAAAGACAUUGUGGAAGACGGUGAGAAAAAGAAGCAAGAGGAGAUUGUUGAAACCCUAAGGCUUGAAUAUGAGGCAAUUAAAGGUAAAGAAGAAGAGAAGAAUUUGAAAGCUAUACUUUGUGAGAAUGAGAAGGGUGAUUCUAUUUUCCCUUGUUGGUGGGGUGAAUAUUCUAUUGAUGAUAUGAGUUUAGAAUCUCCCGAAGAAUUCAAGACUUCUUAACAUGUAUGAAAUAGAAUGAUUAGCUAUCACUAUUUAUCAUAUGUGUUGACUUCACAAUAUGUGACACACCUUGCUUUCCCAAUCCAGUUCCAUAAAUCUCCUAACUUGCAUUCCAAGCUUCUCUGUUAUCUAAAGUAUGCACCACAACUUAGGAUUCUGUGUCAAUUUCCACCUUCUUGAACCCAAAGUCUCUAUGCUAAUCUCAAGCUCUCCACAACACUCCAUAACUCUGCAACAAAUACACUGCAAUUUCCUAAAUAUAUAGACAACCCACCAAACCAUUCACCAUCAUCAGUUCUCAACUGUGUUGCACAAAUACGGGUACGGUACCCGAUACGGGUACCGGUACGGAAUACGGCAAUUUUCAAAAAACAACGGUACGGGUACGUUACCAAAAAAAAAACUAAUUAAAAUAUAUUGUUCAAACGACAACGAAACAAAAUAACGACAAAACAUCAAAAUUAAAAAGUUACUAGUUUGAAAUAAAACUUAAGAUCUAAGCAAGAAUGAAAAAAUUAUAAACAAACAGUAGUACUAGUAGUACCUUUCUUUUUGGCAAUAAAGUAGCAGAUAGAUGCGUACAAGUAUGAAUAAAAUAUAAACAAACAGUAGUACUAGUAGUACCUUUCUUUUUGGCAAUAAAGUAGCAGAUACGUACAAAAGCUGUGACAAAAGUGAAGACUUUUUCUUCUUCCUACUACUUUUAACGAUUGUAACAAAAAAAGUGAAGACUUUUUCUUCUUCCUCCACUCCACAGUCCAAAUCCAAAUGCAAAAAGACAGAGAACUGAGAGAAGGCAGAAGAGAAAGGACAGGGGUAGGUGAAAGAGUUGCAAAAUUAGGGUUGUAACUUGUGAUUAUUAGGUAUUAUUAGGUUUUAUAAUGAUUCAGAAAAAUUGGAAACUGGGCCAGGCAAAAGAAAACGUGUAAACAAUUAAAAAAAAAAACUGUCCAGUCGACUACCGUACAGCGAAAAGUACCGCUACAGUACCAAAACGCAAAAAAAAAAAAAAAAGGGGUACGCGUCAGGUACGCACAGUACCCGCACAGUACUCGUACCCGUACCGCUACAGUACCCGGUACUGGUACUUUUUGAAAAUUGGCGUACCAGUGCUUCACAGGUUCUCAACAAUAUUCCUCCACAUCAUGCAUGCAGCCUACCUUGAUGCACUCCAUCCGAAGUGGAUUUUGUACAUCUCGCUUUGGCUUAGUCCAACAAAUCAUAGACUGUUGAGUAGCUGCCACCUUUCAGUUAGUAACAACAGAAACCUACUAACUGUGAAGAGGAACAAUGGCAAGAAUUCAAAUUUUUAACAGAGAAAUUUUUUUGAAAAAAAAAAAAAAAAAGAGGUAAGAAACCAGGGUGUGGUGUGGCCAUGGUUAGUAGUGGCGAACAUUUUUCCACUAUAAGCUAUCUUAUCAAAUUGAUAUAGAGAGAGCAUAAAGGAAAAGAAAAUUAAAGUGCAGUGAUGAAUAACACCGUUGAAGAAAACUUGAAUAACACUUUCUGAUUGAGAUCAAAUUCAAUUGGAUAUGCAGUUUAAGAACUUAUUUAACAUAAAGCAUAAACUGAUCUUAAGACCAAUCAUAGUGCUUGUGAAAAUUAACUCAACCUCUCAAUUGUAAAUUUAAAUUGAAAAAUGCCUAGCUUUACCUGCCACGACUCACAAUUGUCUUCUAAAGUUGUCCAUUCAA